UUUCUCACGAGUCCCCCCUUCAUAGCUACAGUUUUCUACUAUUAUAUUUUCAUAAGAGGAAACGGCUGGUCGGGACACAUUUCACUACAGACUAAAGUAACCCGAGCAAUGCAAAAUACACACAUUAAUAAUGACAUACACAGGGAGACUAAUUUUUUUUACAGCAUUAGAGCCAGCAGGUCAAGGGCAAAAAAACAAAAACAGCCACAAAAGAAGCCCGCCAAACGCUGCUCCGGAGAAUAAAAAGGUCAAAAGAGAGGUCAAUUCCGGGUGGAGAGAUGUCUUGAUCAAGCUGCAAGACUUCGAUGGUGGUGAUAGAAAAGGACAUAAAUGAAGAACAAGACCAUGGGGGCCGCGGCAGCUCAGCGUGGGAAGGUCAGGAUGCCAGAGAGAGUGAGUGUUGUGUUGCUGCUAUGGUGCCGGACAGAGGGAGUGUGGCACGGUAUAGUUGCAGUCUGUCGGAACACUUAGUGGCGUGUGUUGUGUUGUUAUCCCGGCCACUGAUAAGGCUCGCUUGAUAUGUAUGUCAGGGUGUCUACUUUGUUACUGUCAUCGCUGCUGCUGUCUUGUCUGAAGGUGGAGUGGCUAACAAACAACCGUCGUCCCCGGUGAAAAUAAAGAGGAAAAGAGACAUAGCAAAAUAAGAAAAGAGAAAAAAGAGAGAAAAAUAAAAAUAAGAGAGAGAGGAGAAGUGAGGAGAAAAAAUAAAGUGUCGGGAAUUAAUUAAAAAGUCGGCAAGAUAUUUUACAAGACUGCCAUCGUCCUUCAUGAUAAAAAAAAAAAUCAGAAAAAAAAGAAAAUUAAGUGUUGGGAAUAUUAUAGUAGUCAGCAAGAUAUUUUACGAAGCGUCGUCCUUAAUGAAAAGUUCGAAAAAAGUCGAAAAAAAAUAAGUGAUGUUAAAAUAAAUGUCUGGAAGAAAUUUUACCAGAUGUCGGAAAUAUUUAGGGGUGAUGUUUUAGUCUCCUGUUAGAUAAAUACAUAGAACGAACACAACACUACGGUACAGCGGAUAUCGACGAGUCAUAGUGAACGGCGUGACAUCGGUAGAAUUUGUGAUGUUAUAUAACCCGAAAGAACACUCAGGAAUAGCAGUGUCAUUAAAACGUCUGCAGUUACCAACGAGGAACAGGAAGAGGAACAGGAGGAGGAGGAGGAGAGGGGGAGGACCAGGUGGAGAAGGUGGAGAUUACAACGUGUCUCAUCAAGUGUCUUCAAUCUUGUUAUUAUCGGCCCUUAUCGUGGUGCGUGUAGCUAGUGGGUCGAGGAGAGCAGUCACAGUCCAAAGGGGCUAUUACACUGGGCAAAUUUUCCGUGGAUCUUCAGUCAAACCACGAUUUCCGCUGGCGUGGUUUUCUGACGAGUCCACGAUCUUCCAAGGCUACGGUAGAUUUCACCAAAGGACGACGGAAUUACUCACCAUCAUCAUCAUCAGCAAUAACAAGACACAAAUGAGAACCACGCUAGCGGAAAUCGUGGUUUGACUGAAGAUCCACGGAAAAUUUGCCCAGUGUAAUAGCCCCUUAAGCUCAUGCCCGUUUCAGCCCUGUCUAACUCAUCAAGGCCUCCCCAGUCCAGCGUGCUUAGGCCACUCACAUCCCAGACGGAGCCUUGGGUCAUUUUCAACAAUUCGGCGCCCAAGCUCGCAUAUUCAACAAAGCUUUCAUAAGAGUUUGGGUCACUUCCUUGGCUUGUUUUAUGACCCUGGUGGUUGUCUGAGCUUUCUCUGUACCAUGAACUUAAAAAUUCACUCAUUAGAACCCGGUUGAUCUCCUUCUUGGCCUUUGAAAAUAGGUGAUAUGAGAGGUGGAAGAGUCCUAAUUAAAGUCGUAUUAUAAGACAUUUCGCCGCUCAAAAACACACAUUUGACAAGGCUUUCGUAGGAGUUGUGAGCAUUUCCAGGGGUAGUUUUAUGACCCUGGUGGUAGUGUGACCCUUCCUCUGUACCGUGAACCUGAAGAAACACUCAUUAGAAUCCGACUGACCCCCUCUUUGACCUUUAGAAAUAGCUGAUGUAAGAAGCGCGUGUCUUAUAAUCCCAGCCCAAGACCAACCCAUGCAUACCUUUUUGCUGCUCAUGGUGACGGUCUCCCGCCCAGCGCUCCUGCCUAAACACAAAUAACCAAUGAUAUAUAAAUGAAGGUGGUAGCGUUUGAAAUGUCUGCAGUUCGCCCCGGCAGGAGUGUUGAGACUUCUGCCACAAUUGCUUACUCAACACAAUGCUUAAUAGCCAAUCUAGUCGAGUCUCACUUUGCUCGUAAGCGAUUUUUUUAUACUCUCCAAAUUUUCAUCCUUUUUUUUUUUUUUUUUUUUUAUCCCUCAUGUGUUGAGUGGCCUCCAACCUACUCAGGAUACCUCAGCGUAGUCUUUCCGUGGCCUAGCAUAACCAGCUCAUAGUUCUAGGUCUCCUCUGCCAAGGUUAGAUAAACUCCGCUCUGUCCGGCUUAGCUCUGUUCAGCCCGUCUCUUUCUGGAUGUGGUGAUGAGGGAUAUCCGGCGGACCUGGGCGCGGCGGACGCGGGUCGUAGAGGAGGGAGGGUGGGGGUGGACGAGGGGGGUGGGAUGGGGAGGAAAGAGGGGAGGAACGAAUGUAUGAAGAGGGAUAGGUGAGUGAUGAGGAAGCGAGGGUGGAGACGAUAAGAGGUUGCACAGAGGAGGUCAUCGGGGAGAAUAAUGAGAGGGUGUAAUAGCUAGCGUGUGUGUUUGCUUCCGUCAUCAUUCCCCCCCCCGCCACCUUGCCACCACCCACUCACAAAGGCGCAGACAAGUGAUAACACACACACACUGACACACACACACACACACACACACACACACACACAAAGUAGGUGGAUUACAGGAAUGACUAUUUUAAAUCCCACGAGGGUGCGGCGGUCGUUGUAAAGCUGGUGUGUGUGUGUGUGUGUGUGUGUGUGUGUGUGUGUGUGUGUGUGUGUGUGUGUGUGUGUGUGUGCGUCGCGUCAUUCAGUGUCGCCGUUGUAGCGAAGCAGAAGAGGUGCCGCUGAAGCUCGUAGAGGGAAGUGCCAAGGAAGUGUCAGGAGGCAUUGCUGACGGAUCGGGGCAGUGCUGGCGGGGCGGGGAACCAGUAACACCUUAUUCCUCGCCAUGCCCAGCGGGACGGACAAUCGUGCACUGCCAUGUCACCGCGGCACAUGUAUGGCAGCGACACCCGAGGAAGGCGAGGAGAGGCAGGAGGAGGAAGGGGCCGUACCUCCUGACGGUGGCUGGGGCUGGGUGGUGGCCGCUGGCGUCUUUGUGAUUGCCUUGGUGGUGCCUAUGCUGUCCCCCUCCUUCGGCAUCCUGUUCUCGCGACAGCUUCUGGAGUGGCGCGCCUCGUCCACCACCGUCGCCGUCAUCUUCAGCACCUUCCUCGUGGUGUGGCGCCUGGCGGGGGUGGUGCUCGGGACGCUGAUCAAGGAGUUUGGCUUCCGCAGGGUGGCUGUCACGGGCACGCUGCUCACCGCCACGUGCCUCACCCUCAGUGCCUUCGCCGCGUCCCCUGUCCACCUUCUCAUCACGUUCUCUCUCGGCUGUGGACUGGGGAAUGGUCUGUCUUGCGUGGGCUACCUCAUCCUGGCCCACUACUUCAAUAAGCGCCGGGGCCGGGCCAACACACUGCUGAUGGCCGGGGCGGGGCUUGGACACUUCGCCAGUCCGCACGUCAUUCGCUUCCUGCAGGAGGAGUACGGGCUGCGGGGCGCCACUAUUAUCCUGGGCGGCAUCACGCUUCACGCAGUGCUGGGAGCCGCCGUGUUCCAGCCCGUCGAGUGGCACUACAAGAAACAAGAGUCCACCGGCGCCGCGGAGGAUAGGGAAGAUCGGGAAGCACUCUCCUCCUUACUACACGAACCCACGAAGAAUAUGGCGGAAGAGGAGACUUGGGGCGAGAGCACAGAGAGGAAGGCUUGCAGAAGAGUCCUGUCGGGGCUGGUUGCCUUUCGGGGACGGGUCGCCCAAGUCCUGUGGUCGGUGGUCAACGACAUGAAGGUACUACGGCGCCCUACUUGCCUCAUCAUCGCCCUGGGCUCCAUGCUCGUCGUCAACGCUGAGGCAAACUUCUUGGUACUGGUGCCCUUCGCCAUCCAAGCAGACGGACACCCGCUGCAGACGGCCGCCUGGUGCGUGUCCAUCGCCGGCGUGUGCAACCUCUUCACCAGGAUGACCGUGUCGUCGCUCUCCGACCUGCCGUGGUUCAACAAGCGGCUCUGUUACAUGGGAGGGAUGGCUGUCAUGGCUGCCUCCAUUUUGGUGUUCACCCUGCAGAUAGAGGAUGCUUGGCAGACAGGGGUGAUGGGCGUCUGGGGGUGCGCCGCGGGGGUGUUCUACGGCCUCAACAACCUGCUGAUGACGGACGUGGUGGGGCUGCCGCGCCUCACAGCCGUCUACAGCGCCAAGAAUCUCCUCGGGGCGCUCGGCUUCUUCUCGGUGGGACCGCUUGUUGGUGUGAUUCGUGACGUCAGCGGGAGCUACGCCGUCAGCAUGUGGGUGCUGUCAGGCCUCAUCGCCGUCAGCUUCCUCCUGUGGCUCCUCAUGCCCGCCGCGCAGGCCUAUGAGCGGCGCCAGGCGGGGAGUAGCGCCGAGACGUAACACUUUGCAGGCAGCCCUGUCAAGCGGGGCAUUGUCCGUGUGGUGGUGGUGGUGGUUGUGAUAGAAAACGAGGAUAAUGAUGAUGAUGAGGAUGAGAGGGUGGUAGUGGCGGUGGUGGGAACCGUUUGUAAAGUCAUGUUUUCACCGCACGUCAUUAGCAAUGCCAAUAAUGGUGGUGGGGUGAGCGUGGUUCUCACUUGUCAAGUUUUUAGAUGCGACGGGAACGAGGCGGAGCCACGAGUCUGGAAACAUAUGGUCAGGAUCAAACCAAGUGUAUUCUCAUGCAUGAGUAAGGGACAGGCGUGCCCAAAGGUGAAGGGCCCCGUUAUUAAGAACGGAGCGCCAACAACAUCAGGAGAAGAGUACGAGGCAGCCUUUCCCUUCCCUGUCAGGGCAUGCACUGCCUCCUCUGUUACGCCUCUGGAAAUGCCUUCCUUCCACUUCUCAGGGCUUGGACUGCACUCCUUCAGUCUUCCCGUAAUUCUCUGUUGAGAGAAAACAAUUUCCUUCCUCAGUCUACGUUACGAACCUACGAAGCGGCAGAAUAUCAGUUUUCUUUUGUACGUGUGUAAGUUUUAUAUGUCAUUGAAUUUUUACCUAAGACAGAGGUCAGGUGUAAACUGCUGCCUCGACACGUCUGAUAACACUCUAUUUUCACAUGCUUUCUGGAGGUGCUUAUUAAGAAAAUAAAUAAAUAACAGUG